GAAGUAAUGGAAGGGAAUGCCUUAAUAUAAAUAUGCAUUGCAUUAUGAAGUUUUUCCAGUUCUUUCAAAUAUCUCAAAGAUUACAAAACAUAAAGCCAUGAGCAAUAUUGCCUAUGAUGGAUCUCAGAACAAUAAUCUGUGUUGAGAGGCUUCCUCCAUUACCCUCUGGAAAGAAGUGAAUCUCAAGUGUUUGUAAAUUAACCACCUAUACCAUUACCUCUAGCACACUGAUAAGAGUUUUUCUGUUGCUUCAGGAACUUGACAAGGGAGGACCUUAAAGAAAUUGAGAUCCUUCUUACUUAGGAAUUCAGUGACACUUGCUGGGAGAAUGCCUUCUAUCAAUGACACCCACUUCUAUCCCCGCUUCUUUCUCCUGCUAGGAAUACCAGGACUGGAAACUUUACGUAUGUGGAUUGCUUUCCCAUUCUGUAUUGUGUACCUGAUUGCCAUUGUGGGGAAUAUGACCAUUCUCUUUGUGAUCAAAACCGAACACAGUCUACAUCAGCCCAUGUUCUACUUCCUGGCCAUGUUGUCUAUGACUGAUCUGGGUCUGUCCACAUCCACUACCCCCAAAAUGCUAGGAAUCUUCUGGUUCAACCUCCAAGAGAUCAGCUUUGGGAGCUGCCUUCUUCAGAUGUUCUCUAUUCACAUGUUUACAGGCAUGGAGACUGUUCUGUUGGUGGUCAUGGCUUACAACCGCUUUGUUGCCAUUUGCAACCCUCUCCAGUACACCAUGAUCCUCACUAAUAAAACCAUCAGUAUUCUAGCUUCUGUGGUUGUUGGAAGAAAUUUUGUUCUUGUAACCCCAUUUGUGUUUCUCAUUCUGCUUCUGCCAUUCUGUGGGCAUAACAUCAUACCUCACACAUACUGUGAGCACAUGGGUCUGGCCCGGUUGGCCUGUGGACCUAUCAAGAUCAACAUAAUCUAUGGGCUCAUGGUGAUUUCUUAUAUUAUUGUGGAUGGGAUCCUAAUUUCUUCUUCCUAUGUGCUUAUCCUUUAAGCUGUUUUUCGCCUUCCCUCUCAAGAUGCCCGACUAAAGGCCUUCCAUACCUGUGGUUCUCAUAUCUGUGUUAUGCUGUGCUUUUACAUAACAGCAUUUUUUUCUUUUAUGACACAUCAUUUUGGCCAAAACAUUCCCCGCUAUACCCAUAUUCUUUUGGCUAACCUGUAUGUGGUUGUCCCACCUGCCCUUAACCCUGUCAUUUAUGGAGUCAGGACCAAGCAGAUCCGAGAGCAAGUUGUGAAAAUAUUUGUACAGAAAGAAUAA